AUGCCGGAAUUCAUCAGCGUCACGUUCCCGAACGCAUCUACCGAGAUCCAUCCAAUUCCCAACGCUUCGAUUGAUCCUGAAUAUCUCGUUCGCUACGCUCGCAACCUUGAUGACUAUGCUUACAACUACACGCUGGUGCCCUACGACUCCUCAUCCUAUGAUCCAUUCACCAUUGGAGCCACCAUUCUGUCGGUGACCAAAAACAUCAAGGUCAUCAUUGCUCUGCGACCCAAUACUCUUUACCCCACAGUUGCGGCAAAGGCGCUAGCUACACUGGACCAACUUAGCUCCGGUCGCGUCGUUGUUCACUUUAUCGCAGGUGGUAGCGAUGCAGAACAGGCUAAGGAAGGAGACUUCCUGACUAAGGAUGAACGUUACGGACGCCUUGAGGAAUACAUUCAAAUUCUCCGCCGCGCAUGGAAAUCCGAUGAGCCAUUUGACUGGGAGAGCAAAUACUAUACCUUCAAACAAUUCAGCAACCGCGUUCGGCCGACUAACGGCACAAUUCCUGUCUCAGUCGGCGGUUCAUCGGACGAAGCAUACCGUAUUGGAGGCUCCCUGGCUGACAUAUUCGGACUGUGGGGUGAACCUUUGAAAGAAACAAAGGACCAGAUUGAUCGCAUCUAUGGAGAGGCAGCAAAGGCCGGUCGCCCGGACUCAGACAGACCUCGCAUCUGGGUGACCUUCCGUCCUAUUCUUGCCGAGACUGACGACCUCGCCUGGGCGAAAGCACACCAAACCCUCGAUGCACUGACUACCAACCGAGCGAAAGGACAAGGCAAGGUCCCCGCCAAUGCGCCGCCCCCACAGAACGCCGGCUCUCAGCGGCUUCUUGAUAUUGCCGCUCGCGGAGAAGUCCAGGACCGCGCUCUUUGGUAUCCUACUGUUACUGCAACGAAUGCACGUGGUGCAUCCACUGCCCUGGUUGGAUCGCCCAAGACUAUUGUCGAGUCGCUUCUUGACUAUGUUGAUCUUGGUGCCGACCUCAUCUCUAUCCGAGGCUAUGACAAUCUCAACGACGCUAUUGAUUAUGGACGGUUCGUGAUUCCCAAAGUUCGUCAAGCGUUAAAGGAACGGGAGAAUGGGGCUGCGAAUUAA